UCCGUCGCCUUUGCGUCACUUCUGGACGUCAAUAUGCGGCUUUUUGCGGCGCUGGGAAACAGAACCGCUGGGAAGAUGUAAACCAGCGACCGGAGUCCACCACCGUCAGCGAACACACUCACCGUCACCCCCACACACUCGGCGCCUUCAGCCAGGCUAACGGAGCCGCUCCAGCGGACAGCUCGUCGGCUCUCCGCCUCCGAAGCAGCGGAGCUCCUGCCUCCAAGCAGCCAUCUUUUGUGACAGAAUGUACGGGGCGACGCGGCGGGCCUGCUCGGGCUCUGGCCGCGGCCGGAGCUUGCUGAUGCUGACGACUGCGCUCCUGCUGUCGGUUAUCGGACUGCUGUCCGGGCUGCCCGGCGUCACCGAGGCGAAGGAAUGCGACAAACCGUGUAUGAACGGCCAGUGUAACACCGCCACUGGCAACUGUGUGUGCUUCCCCGGCUGGGUCGGGGACCAAUGCCAGCACUGCGGAGGGAGAUUCAGGCUGACAGGACCCUCUGGUUACCUGACCGACGGUCCAGGAAACUACAAGCACAAGACCAAGUGCACCUGGCUCAUUGAAGGACAGCCGAACACGAUUCUGCGACUUCGUUUCAACCACUUUGCGACCGAAUGCAGCUGGGAUCACCUCUACGUGUACGAUGGCGACUCCAUCUACGCUCCGCUUCUGGCUGCUUUCAGCGGUCUGAUAGUUCCCGAGCGUUACGGGAACGAGACGGUUCCUGAGGUGGUGUCUCAGUCGGGCUACGCCUUGCUGCACUUCUUCAGCGACGCCGCCUACAACCUGACCGGCUUCAACAUUUCCUACAGGGUGAACACGUGUCCCAACAACUGCUCCGGCCGAGGCGAGUGCCGCGUGGGAAACUCCACGGCUUCGGUUUACUGCGAGUGCGAAGCCAACUGGAAGGGGGAAGCCUGCGACAUCCCGUACUGCCUGGCCGACUGUGGCUCCCCCGAUAGAGGCCACUGCCAGGGCAAGACCUGCCUCUGCAAGGCCGGAUGGCAAGGUCCAGACUGCUCCGUCUCGGUUCCUGCCAACUCGUCCUUUUGGAGCCGGGAGGAGUACGCCGAGGCCGGGCUGGCCAGGGCUUCCCACAAGGCCGUGGUGGAGCAGGGCAUCAUGUGGGUCAUCGGAGGUUACGUCUUCAACGCCUCCGACUACCACAUGGUUAAAGCUUAUAACCUCAGCAGUAAAUCCUGGCUGACCCUUGACCCGUCCGUCAACACCGUCACUCCGCGAUAUGGCCACUCCCUCGCCCUACAUGAGGGUAAAAUGUACAUGUAUGGAGGAAAGAUCGACUCCACCGGAAACGUGUCGAGCCAGCUGUGGGUUUUCCACAUCCAGAACCAGACCUGGGUCCUGCUGAGCCCCCGGGCCAAGGAGCAGUACGCUGUGGUGGGACACUCGGCCCACAUCGUGCCUCCCGUCCAGGAAGGAGCCAGCGCCGUGAUGCUGGUUCUGUUCGGACACUGUCCUCUGUACGGAUACAUCAGCCAGGUGCAGGAGUACAACAUCGCUAUGAACACGUGGAACGUCGUGCCCACAGAGGGAGCUCUGGUUCAGGGAGGUUACGGCCACAGCAGCGUUUUCGAUCCCGGCAGCAGAGCCAUCUACAUCCACGGAGGCUACAAGGCCUUCAGCGCCAACAAGUAUGGUCUGGCAGGAGACCUGUACAAGUUUGAUGUGGACAGGAGGAAAUGGACCGUUCUGAGAGACAGCGGCUAUUUCCGUUACCUCCACACGGCGGUGAUAGUGAGCGGGACGAUGCUGGUGUUUGGAGGGAACACUCACAACGAUACGUCCAUGAGCCACGGUGCCAAGUGCUUCUCAUCGGACUUCUUGGCCUACAGUUUGGCAUGUGAUGAGUGGACAGUGCUGCCUCGGCCGGACCUCUUCCAUGACGUCAACCGCUUCGGACACUCGGCAGUUUUCAGCGACAGUGUGAUGUACAUGUUUGGUGGCUUCAACAGCCUGCUGCUCAGCGACGUCCUCAUGUACACGUCGCCCAGCUGCUCGGCCUUUUCCAGCCCGGCGUCCUGCAGCCAGGCCUCGCCGGGGAUCCACUGCGUCUGGAACAGCACCCAGGGGAGCUGCCUGCCUUGGGAAAGUAACGCCGCCGGCCCCGAGCUGCAGCAGCUGCCCGCCUCCUGCAACACCAGAUCAUAUGCUGACAAUGAAAGAUGUGACCAGUAUACCGACUGCUACAGCUGCACUGCAAACACCAACGGCUGCCAGUGGUGUUCGGUCCAGUGUGUUUCUCUGGGAAGCAACUGCACCUCGGCUUCGGGGGCCAUAGCGGAAUACGAAGUUUGUCCCAAGGACAACCCCUCGUAUGUGUGCAACAAGAAAACCAGCUGCAAGAGCUGCGCCGUCGACCAGAACUGUCAGUGGGAACCUCGCAACCAAGAGUGCAUCUCGCUGCCAGAGAACGUCUGCGGUGAAAGCUGGCAUCUGGUGGGAAACUCCUGCCUGAAGUUCAUCACGGCCAAAGACUCUUACGACAACGCCAAGCUGGCCUGCAGGAGCCACAACGCUGUCCUGGCAUCGCUGACCACACAGAAGAAGGUGGACUUCGUGCUGAAGGAGCUGCAGAUCAUGAGUGUGGUGUACAAAGCCACUGUCACGCCCUGGGUGGGGCUCAGGAAAAUCAACGUUUCCUACUGGUGCUGGGAGGACAUGUCGCCCUUCACCAACACCACCCUGCAGUGGCUGCCAGGCGAGCCGAGCGACGCCGGCUUCUGCGGAUAUCUGGCCGAGCCGGCGUCCAGCGGCCUGAAAGCACAAACCUGCAUCAACCCGGUGAACGGCAGCCUGUGUGAACGGCCAGCCAACCACAGCGCCAAGCAGUGCCGGACCCCAUGCGCCAUGCGGACCACCUGCAGCGAAUGCACCAGCAGCAGCUCGGAGUGCAUGUGGUGCAGCAACAUGAAGCAAUGUGUCGACUCCAACGCCUACGUGGCCUCCUUCCCCUUCGGACAGUGUAUGGAGUGGUACACCAUGAACACCUGUCCACCUGAGAACUGCUCCGGCUACAGAACAUGCGGCCAAUGUUUAGACCAGCCAGGCUGCGGCUGGUGCACCGACUCCAGUAACACGGGCAAAGGCCAGUGCAUCGAGGGCUCCUACCGGGGGCCCUUCCAGACCUCGGUCCCGGCCCCGUCCACCCUGCCUGGCCUGCCUGCCAGCCCCCAGCCGGCCCUCAACGCCAGCAUGUGCCCCAGCGAAGCCAAGUACAACUGGUCCUUCAUCCACUGCCCAGCUUGUCAGUGUAAUGGUCACAGUCAGUGUGUCAACGAGAGCGUGUGUGAGAAGUGCGAGGACCUGACGACCGGUCGGCAUUGCGAGAGCUGCAUCUCCGGCUUCUACGGAGAUCCGACCAACGGUGGCAGCUGCCAGCCCUGCAAGUGCAAUGGCCAUGCCAGCAUGUGCAACCCCAACAACGGCAAGUGCUUCUGCACCACCAAAGGCAUCAAAGGAGAUCGAUGCCACCUGUGUGAAGUGGAGAAUCGCUACCAGGGCAACCCUCUCAAAGGAACAUGCUACUACACUCUCCUCAUCGACUACCAGUUCACCUUCAGCCUGUCGCAGGAGGACGACCGCUACUACACCGCCAUCAACUUCGUGGCCACACCCGAGGAGCCAAACCGGGAUCUCGACAUGUUCAUAAACGCCUCCAAGAACUUCAAUCUCAACAUAACGUGGGCGACGAGCUUCACUGCAGGCACCCAGACUGGGGAGGAGAUUCCCAUCGUCUCCCGGAGCAACAUCAAGGAGUUCAAAGACAGCUUCUCCAACGAGAACUUUGACUUCCGCAACAGCCCCAACAUCACCUUCUUCGUCUACGUCAGCAACUUCACGUGGCCCAUUAAGAUUCAAAUCGCCUUCUCGCAGCACAGUAACUUCAUGGAUCUGGUGCAGUUCUUUGUCACGUUCUUCAGCUGCUUCCUCUCGCUGCUCCUGGUGGCCGCCGUGGUUUGGAAGAUCAAACAGAGCUGCUGGGCGUCACGGCGACGAGAGCAACUGCUGAGGGAGAUGCAGCAGAUGGCCAGCCGGCCUUUCGCCACCAUCAACGUCGCCUUGGAGACGGACGAAGAGCCGCCUGACCUGAUAGGAGGAAACGUCAAGUCCGUCCCAAAACCCAUUGCCCUCGAGCCUUGCUUUGGCAACAAAGCCGCUGUGCUCUCCAUCUUUGUUCGGUUACCCAGGGGCACCGGCGGCAUCCCUCCUCCAGGACAGUCUGGUCUGGCGGUGGCCAGUGCGCUGGUUGAUGUUUCUCAGCAGAUGUGCGUCGGCUACAAGGAGAAGUCCGGAGGUUUGCGGAACCGUAAGCAGCAGCCGACGGCGCAGCCAUCCACCUGCAUCUGACCACGCCCCCCCUCCCCGUCCUCCUCUACCAAUCCCAAACACCCGGCGCCCUCCCGUCAGUCCCCGCCUCGGCCCCCUCCCUCACGGACUGGCAGGGAGAGGUGCAUGCUGGGACGCAGGACUGGAACAUUUUAGGUGAGGGGCUGAGUCGCCUGGCGGACUGAAGCCUCGGCGGCCUCCCCCUCCCUCUCCUCCUGACAGGACUGAAUGACAGAAACUGGAGAGAGGGGGAGCGAUGGACGGAUGGACGGACGGACGGACGGACGGACGGAGGGAGGGAGCAGGUGCUGACUCCUCCCCUCCCCCACCGAAAAACAUUUUACAUUUGUCGACACCGCCUCGGUAGAGUCGAGGCGGCCACGGCUUGCUGCUAGAAGACAUCCUUUGUCUCAUAGUUUUUUGGAAAAUCCAGAGACUUUGCAACCGUUUUUAUUUAAGUUAUUGUUUUUUUGUUUUGUAUCGUCUCGAUUUUUCGAAGGCAGGAACAAACUGGACAUGCUCAGCUGCACACACACACACACACACACACACACACACACACACACACACACACACACACACACACACACACACACACACACACACACACACACACGCACACACACUUCCAGUAAAUCGCAACUUUCCAUUCCCCUUCGUACCCGUUCUGUAGCUCAGAUUCUUGAGCCUCGGACCAAAACUAACAGCAUGUUCAGUCUUCCUUUAGCACGGAUCCGCUGCAGGAGGCCCCCCGACUGACGCCACAUUUCUAAUCGGCCGCUGUGUCUUCUGCAGCUUCGGUUUCUCCCAUCUGGCCGAGUCCAAAUCGAGACCGCAGAAACAUCUCAUCCACGCUGCUGGCUGGCUCGCUCAAUCGCCGGCACGACGGAGGCUUUUUCCAGCUAAUUACUCCUGCUGUUACAAUGAAUGUCAAUGGCUCUGCACACGCACUGGUGCAGCAGUGAAGCAGCUGGUGGUAAGAAAAUCCUCUGUGGUGUUCAACACUCGUCCCUUUGGCUUCCUAUAGAUCCGCUGAUUGACUGGAGUGAUUAGGUUGAGGAAGGGGGUGGGGGGGUCCAGCUCUUUAAUUGUUGCCUAAGAAAUCCAUUGCCUCUAAUUAUUGCUCCUUAAAUGCAACGCAUGCGCCACCAGGAAGUCCAGCGCUCGAUCUCGAUUGUUCCACGUCCCUGAACUAUCCACUGACACCCAAUUAGCCCCCUGCAGCAGCGAUGUUCGCAUCAAUGCAGCUACAUUUGAACUGCAGCAGUGGAAGCGUCAAUUUCCUUACAUAGGACUUUUAAAUUGGCCAACUCUUAAUUCUGGGGCCAAAAACACGACAAGAAUGAAAAGAAUCCAUCACAUUCUCUCCAGAAGUUAUGCCGUUUUUCUACCUGCUCUUAUCUAAAAAUCGCUGCUCCACUUUUUUUUAAAAGCCACACUGCUUAUUUCUGUGUCAACACAUAAUUCUGGCCUGUUUUAAUGGGAUAAAUUCAGCUUUUGUAGCAUAUUUAGUUCCACACUACCCCAAAAAAUGUCAAAUCAGCCACACUAAUGCUUCAGAAAGACAGUUUAUUCUGUUACACUGAUGCUAGCAAAAUGAUGAUUUCUGCCUAUUACAGUUAAAGGUCCCCCCUUGGAGUUUUCGUUUACCAUCAGUGUUCCUCACUUAAAUGCAUUUUAUGUACUUUUGAGGUCUACAAACACGUUUCAAGCAUUAACUUCUUCUUAAAACAUUCACAAAAUCCCUUCUAAUACCAUUUUAAGGUCUCAUUUUAUGCCCCUUGUCAAAUUAAUGGAAGUCUCAAAUUUGUUCAAUAUGCAUCUUUCAGUUUUUUACCUUUAAAUAUCACAAAAAAUGGUUAAACAGGCUGCUGCUGUUCCCGCCCCCUUCAGGAAGAAAACUCUCUCUGCAUCUAUGUAGACCUCCACAGAUCUGAAAGAAUUUUCUACUGCCUCUAACUUUCGAUCUAAACUAUCAUUUCCAACACAUUCUCUCCAGAAAUAGUCUUGUUUUUCUACCUGCUCUUAUCAUUGCUCCAUUUUUUUUUAAAGUGGCGAUGCUUAUUUUUGUGUCGACACGGAACAGAAAAAACACUAAAAAGGACAAAACUCAGGCUGCUAGUUUGAAAAACAGCUUUGAAAUGUAAUCCAGCUGCUUUUAUAAGAGGAGCCACAUCUGUUUCCUCUUCAGUCCUUCGGUCUCGGGUUCAUCCACGGCGGUCAUCUUCGCAGGGUCUGACUAAAAGGCCGAAAAUAUUUAUCUUCCUGCCGCCUCGCAAGGUUAUUAACUCGCCGCCCUGUGAGAAGUGCAGUAAUAGAACAAUUUAAUAACUUGCAUUCUUGCCCUAAAGAGCUCGUCGUGUUUAGUUCCAGGUUCCCACAUGUGUUCGGCAUACUAUGACUGCUCGCCGCCUGGUUAAAGGGCAAACUUUUUGCACCGGGAAAAGGUCAGAGCAGAAAGCAUGAACAAAGUUGACAUUCUGUAAUUACAGAGAGUGACUGUACUCAGCGACGUUAAGAACUGCGAGGAGUCGAAGCGCCUCACUUGCACUCUGUUAUCAGCUGUUUCCUCCAUCAGAGUAACUUUCAGGCUUUGAUGUUUUAAUUUAUCCUUUCCGCUAAAAGCUCGAUGGUGGAAAAUAAUUAUCAGUCAUUAGCUGAAUGUCAGGAAAUUAGUUCUGUGUUGUUGGUAAGUUUGUCCACCUCCGGCAAAAAAAACAACAACUCUGUUUAGUUUUCUACUAACCUGUCGCUGUUUCUCAGGUGUGCCGGAGUUCUCUGACUUGACCUAAAACACUAAAGUCAGUUCUUCUGGUAGUUAAUCAUCAUUUAAAGAUCCCAUUAAAUUCCAAAAAUCUUGCACAGGGAUCGACUGAUUGUCUUCAAAGACACCAAAAACGUAUUUAAAUUUGCAUGAAAAUUGAAAAUCUUCAUGUUGAAAUUCAGAAAAAUGCCUUAAUUUAUGUUCUUCUAAUGUUUAAUUAAAUGAGGAGUUUCCAGCUUUUGUUAUUGAGACGUGCAGCCAAAAGAAAGCACAUUUUUGAACAGUUAUUUUUUGUACAAAUUUGAUAGUCAGAAAAGAACAAAAUAUUGACUUUGAUAAUCGACCUGACUCCUAAUCAUGUGUGCAGUGUGGAAAUUUUGGCAUCUGUGGCUUUAUGAAGGCAAAAAUAUUCUUAAUCUUUAGGAGAAAUGAUACCAACUUCCACUGAUUUGAGUAAAAUGUACUUUGCAAAGAGAAUUAAAGUUUAAAAACAUGCGUUUUAGACUACUUGGCAAAUUAAUGACGCAUCGUGUAAGAGAUUCAGUUUAAAAAUCAGACUUUUCUUUAGCAUAAAUGUGGAAAUUUCCAGUGAUUUGAGUAAAAUUCACUUUGCAAAGAUGCCAAAAGUUUAAAAAAAAAUAUUUGUUUUAGUCUACUUGGCGAAUCAUUGAAACUUAAUUCAUGAGAAAAUUCAGACUUUUCUUGAGCAGAUAUGAUACAGUUUCCACUGACUUGAGUAAAAUUCACUUUGUAAACAUAACAGUUUGAAAAUAUUUGUUUUGUGGCAAAUCGGUGAAGUUUCAUUCAUAAAAUUCAGCUUAUGUUGCUAAAAGUUGCUUAAGUUUAAAAAAUGGGUUUUAUCAGCCUGGCUAAUCUGUGAAGCUUCAUUUAAGAGAUUUCGGUUAAAAAUUCUGACUUUUCUUUCACAGAAAUGAUACAAUUUCCACCGAUUUGAGUAAAAUUCACUUUGCAAAGAUGCCAACAUUUUUUAAAAAGUAUUAGUUUUAGUCUACUUUGCAAAUCGGUGAAGCUUUAUUCAUGAGAUUCAGUUGAAAAUGCAGACUUUUCUUCUGCACAAAUGAUACAAAAAUUCACUUUGCAAAGAUGCCAGAAGUCUAAAAAACAUGCGUUUGGUGAAUGUGUGAGGUUUCAUUAUUGAGAUUCAACCUAAAAGUCCGACUUUACAACAACACGAAGCAAAUAAAUGUUGCGACCCCAAGCUGAUGAGUAAAAAGAAAAAGCGAGAAAGCAAAACCUGCAAAGUCCAUCUCUAAAUGUGACACCAGAACUUUGUCCUCUGCAGCAUCAGCAGCCGCUCUGCGAUCCGUCAGCUCCUCAUAUAUUUGAUUUUCUCCGACUUUUUCAUUCCCUACAGCGGCCCGCUUCCAUUUAACACAAAACACUAUCAGUCCGCUUUAUUGACGAAACUUCUAACCGUCUUCGUCGUCACAGAGAGUACUGUAGUAAUAAUUCACCAAGAGAGAAGAUUGUUUUUUGUUGUUGUUGUUGUUGUCUUUUUCUAAAUGAAUGUAAAAUGAAAAAUUUUCUGUGCAGCCGAGGUAAAUCUGUGAACUGGAACACACCCGAGGGCGUUUUGGAAGUCAGUUUCUCAGGGUGACGGGGCGAUGCAGUGGUUAAAACGUCCAAGAUCAUGAAAACCCAACAUGUGGAAGCUGCAUCGAUGAAAACGUUGCAAAGAGGAGUCCAGUGACCUCAGAUAAAUCCAGUAUCUCGUCCCAGUUUCACCCAUUUUCGGAGCUGCAGCCAUAAAAACACCAACAUUUACUCGCCGUUUGACCCACAUCUGCAGCCUCCCGUCAGGUUGUGUCAACACCACCUAAAAAGCGAUUAGGGAAAUUUGUUGCAGUUUCAACAUUUAUCCAGCACAUUUCACCUCCAGUCCUCCCACGCAGGCGUUUUCAUUUAUUUUUCGCUGAUUAGACGUCUUCUCGGGACGGCGUGGGCGUCUGCACGAGGUGAUUGAGUGUCCUGUUGCACCUGAACAGUAGAGCUGAGUGAACUAAAAUCACAAAAAAACACUAUAUUGUUGCUUACAGCUUGGUAAUGAUGAAUAUAUCUACAGUUAUCAUGGUUCUGGCCUGUUUUAAUGGCAUAAAUUCAACCUGUGAACACGCUUGUAGCAUAUUUAGCUCCAUACAACCUGAAAAGACGUCCAAUCAGCCACACUAAUGCUCCAAAGAGCCAGUUUAUUCUGCUGCACUGUUGUGGUCCUACUAGGCCAACCCAUAAUGCUAGCAAAAUGAUGAUUUCUGCCUCAUUUUAUAAUCUGCUUUCAGUUGUCUCACACUAAUGUUAGAGGUGCCCCCUCGGAGUUUUUGUUUACGAUCAGUGUUGCUCACUUAAAUACAUUUUAUGUAUUUUGGAGGCCUAUAAACACGUUUCAAACAUUAACUUCAUAAAACAUUCACAAAGUUCAUUUUAAUGCUAUUUUAAAGGUCCCAUUUUGUGCCCAUUUUCAAAUUAAAGGAAGUCUUGCAUUUGUUCAAUUUGUGUCUUACAGUUUUUCAACUUAAAAUGCCACACAGAUGGUUAAUUUCAAUAUUUAAAUAGGCCAUUGGGCUCUUAAAACUAAUGAGCUGCUGCUGUUCCCGCCCCCUUCAGGAAGAAAACUCUACGUCUAUGUAGACCUUCACGGACGUGAAAGAGUUUUCUAUUGCCUUUAACUUUCUAUCUAAAGCAUCAUAUGAUGUGGAAAUAUCCACAAAUUCACUGCACAUUUGUUGGUUUUACCUCAUUUAAUGUUUAGCAUUUAGCGGUGCAGAGCAGCAGCUUGGAAAUGAAGCGACUUCCUGUUAACAUGUAGCCUUAAUGCUGCAUUUCACUCAUUGUUUCAUACUUAUUUUUGCUGUCUGACAACAGAAACAGCAAAAUGUGUAACUGAAAACAGCUUUUUUGCUAACUUAGCUGUAUUAAAAUGCAGUUUAUGUGAGCACAGAGAGAAGUAAACAAAUGUGAACUAAACACUCAACCCACCCAGUCUUUGUUUAUUGAUUUCAAUUUGAAGUUUCUACCAUCUCUGAGCAUCCAUCAGCUUUAUCUGUAAGCAUACGAUCAAAGCUAAUGCUAGCUUUUUAGUCUCAUUAGCCACACAACGCACAAACACUAAGGACUGUUCUCUUAUUACGGUGAUACUGCAGUUAAAAAUGAUGAAUAAUCCACUGGGUGUUGAGUUCCAAAGAUGUUGGGAGCGCUUUAAGACUGUUGUGUUCACUCUUGCUGCACACAUUUUGGUGAGCUAAUGGCUAAGAGUUAGCAGAGUUAGCUUGAGGAAGUAAAUAAACCUGGCGGACCGAGUUUCAAACAACCACAAAACACAAUAAAAGUACAUGUUCACCAUAUGGGACCUUUAAAUCCUUUUUCUUCCCUUUACUGGUACAUUAUUGCAUCUGUUGACGCAUUAGUGCCACCUAUAUGUUAGCGGAAUAGUGGCAGAAAUGUGCUCGUAAAAAUGAUUGAAAACUCCACGGGGUGCUUUGAAAUUGCUUCCGAUAAAAAACGGAACAUUUCCCAUGUUGGGUUUUCUACUAGAAGACUUUUAUUGUGAAGCAGCUGAAGGGAAAAGUUAGCGAGUUAGCUUUGCUGAUGUUAAAUUAUAAAUGCUAAAGUUGCUUUUACGCAGCCAUAAUGUGUUGUGGACGCUCCUUGGUGAUCUCUAGACAUCUACGAAUGCACGAAAAGCAGGAAAAGUGGUCUAAAAUGAGAAUAUAAAUGAAGACGAAUGCUAAAUUCCAGCCACGGCGUGUGUCCCAGUCUUCCUUUAGAUGCCGUAGAAGUGACAAAUCAAAAACUUUAAAGAGCACAAAACAAACGGAGAGAAUUUUGGGCUCAGAGGUUUAUUAAAUCUUUUCCACUUUCUCCCCGCGUUCUGCCGGUAAACACGAAUUUUUCCAGCGUUUACCGCACUGGUGUCGCAUUACAGGAACCAACAAGGGUUCCUGAAGUUCACCUCUUGCCGCCCGAGCGCGACGUGGAAAAAAUAUCCGAGAGGGGGAAGCGUCGGACGUUUGCAAAAAGGGAAACGAGCCUUGCACACUGUCGCUGCCCCCGUAUACCUGAUGUCUAAACAGAUGGGCAGCUUUUCUUUUUUUUUUUUUUUUUUAAAUCUCACCCUGCUUUCCAAGCCUCAAAACGUUAUCGGGUAACACUUUAACUUUACAGUGGCCUUAUUUCGGCUCAUUAAUCUCUGUAUUAACUGAUAGAAAUGUACAGCAAAAAAAAGCAACAAAAAAAAACGCAUAUUUAUAAAGUGAGCUAAUAUUCACAGUAGAUUUUUUUUGUCCAACACUGGCAGCAUUAAUAUGUAAUUAAAACGCUUCUUUAAUACACAGGUUGAAGCAACAGAAUAAGGUCAUUGUAAAAUAAGGCAUUACUCUUUUUUUUUUCUUUGUAUAGCGGCAUUAUAUAUAUUGAGGAGGUAGUUUGUUAAUAUGUAUAAUUUAGCAGUUGCUGUUCAUUUUUUUCUCUCUCUCUUUUUUGUAAAUAAUGAGGAAGUAUUGUGAAUGACAUUUGUUGAAUGGUUUUAAAAAAAACAAAACGUUAAAAAAAGAGAAAUCAUUUAAAAUCUCUCCAGGCUUUUAAACAACGUGACUACAGUACAUAGCAUAUUUUGUAAUGUAUGGCAGCAGCGUUAAGAUGAACAAGCAUUACUAGAAACUGAUGAAUACCUAAGUGUAAAACUUGAGGAUAAUAGCUUACUGACCUUGUAAUUUACUGAUGUACAUAAAAAGAAUGACAGAACAUUUUUGUCUAUUAUUAAAUGUGAAAAUCUA